UUACGAAAUUGCAUCCUACUCUGAACAGUUUGAUCUGAGUUCUACCGAUUUGUUAAGUGUGUUGGCUACUUUUGACUUUUAUGCUCUAGUUCACUUUCAUUUCACAGAGUAUCACCAUGUCGGUGGCGUUUGCAGCUCACAGGCAGCGUGGGAAGGGUGAUAUAACACCCGCUGGAAUACAAAAGUUACUUGACGAAAACAACCAGCUGAUCCAGUGUAUAAUGGACUUCCAGAGUAAAGGCAAAACAGCAGAAUGUUCACAGUAUCAGCAGAUGCUGCACAGAAAUUUAGUGUACCUGGCGACGAUAGCAGACUCCAACCAGAACAUGCAGUCUCUCCUCCCUGCUCCACCCACUCAAAACAUGCCCAUGGGCCCUGGCGGGAUGAACCAAAGUGGACCCCCCCCUCAGCCUCCUCACGGUCACAACAUGCCCUCUGAGGGUAUGGUCAGUGGUGGCCCUCCAGCCCCACACAUGCAGAACCAGAUGAAUGGACAGAUGCCUGGUCCUAAUCACAUGCCCAUGCAAGGUCCUGGUCCAGGCCCCAACCAGCCCCCAAACAUGCCCAGUGGCUCUAUGAAUAUGCCCCCCAGCAGCCACGGCUCGAUGGGUGGUUACAAUCAUACCGUCCCUUCUUCCCAGGGCAUGCCAGCUCAGAGCCAAAUGAACAUGACCCAGGGCCAGCCCAUGGGAAACUAUGGGCCUCGGCCAAACAUGAACAUGCAGCCCAAUCAAGGCCCCAUGAUGCACCAGCAGCCUCCCUCCCAGCAGUAUAACAUGCCUCCUGGUGGUGCCGGACAGCACUACCAAGGACAGCAGAACCCAAUGGGCAUGAUGGGCCAGGUCAACCAAGGGAACCAUGUCAUGGGGCAGAGGCCAAUGCCCCCUUACAGACCCCCACAGCAAGGACCCCCUCAGCAGUACCCAGGGCAGGAAGACUACUAUGGGGACCAGUACAGUCACGCAGGACAGGGAGCCUCAGAAGGUAAUGCCCAGUAUGGCCAACAGCAGGAAGCAUACCAGCAAGGCCCUCCCCAGCAGCAGGGCUACCCUCCUCAACAGCAGUACCCAGGUCAACAGGGCUACCCACCUCAGCAGCAGGGCUACGGUCCCUCCCAAAGUGCCCCAGGACAGUAUCCUAACUAUCCUCAGGGGCAGGGACAGCAGUAUGGGGCCUAUCGCCCUCCUCAACCUGGACCCCCACAGGGCCAACAGCAACGCCCCUACGGCUAUGACCAGGGGCACAUGAGGAAAUAAAGACCCAGGGAUUUGAACCCCUGACUAGCUCUGUAAGAAGCAAAGGGCCAGUAUGGAAAUUACCAGCAAUGAGAGAUGGUCACAGCAAACCACACAGCUCUGCUCUGUUCUCUGUCUGAGCUUUGACCUCUGGUCAACUGCUAAGCAGACUUAAAUGAUGGUUGUAGCACGCUGAGAUUCUCUCAGACAUGAACAUACAACACUCAAAAAUACAAGAUACUCCCCCUCUCUUUGGGCUCUUAUCCUCGCCUAUAAAAUGUAUUCUGUUUAUCAUGUACAUUGACUUGAUAAUGUCAAAGUCCAUGACUCACCCUCUGGUCCAGUAUGUCUCGAAGCAGCAAUGCCUUAAAAAUGGAACUGCCUUAUCCUUUAGCAUUGCAGAUUGUUAAACAGGCUAACAAAAUUUUGGAUAUCAGAGAUGAUUUAAAUGUACAGUUUCAAUCUACUGUGGUGCAUUGUUUCUCUAUCCCUCAGCUCCUUGUUCAUAAGAAGCAAUAAUGCCAGCAGUAGGGAAAUGUGUGGGGGCUUGAAAUAAUGCACCAGACGAACUUCCCGCUAGGCCAUGGUACAUGUCUUGAUGUAUGUGAUGAUGUAAAAAUAUAUUUUAUGCUUUUUAGAUCAAGCUAACUUUGUAUGAGACAUUGGAAACUAGUACUAAAGCUGUGUUGUUUAUUUCAUGAAGUGUAUGUGUCAAUGUUUUUUUUAAUGAUCUUUAAUGAUGAUCCCAUCCAGCGCAUUUUGUUUUUUAUUUCUUUGUUGUGUUGACUUGUAUAACUAUUCAAUUGGAUCUGCUACUUCAGUGACAUGGACUCUGUAUGAAUUUUUGUGUAAAAAUAGAAAAUGAAUUGGCAUGCACAGAAAUUCCUUGAAGGACAAAUACAAACAGCAUACCUGGAAUUAGAAAAUCAUGUUUAAUGUCUGAAAACGCAUGAAACAAUUGCUGUAUUCUGUGUUAAGCUUUGUAUUUAAGUCAGUGAAAAAUAUGUAUCAAAUUUGGAUAUUUUGGAAGUUAUUAUUUUUUUUUUUAACCACAUUACUUAUCAUAAUAAUGGUCAUUGGCCUUUGACAUUUGUGCCCAAAGAGGUGAUAUGUAGCAGAUGCCACUGCAAAUUGUAAGUGAAUGCUCUCUAGAGCCUUUUUUUUAUUAUUUUUUUUUUUUUUUCUAUACACGCGCCUCAGUCUUGUCCAUUGACUGCAAAUUAGUAAAUGGGAAAGAUCAGACUUGGUAUAAUACAUAUUUCUGACAAGUAAUUUGUUUUGUUAGUCUUGACAAUGCUGGAAUUCCCUUUUCCCUUUGAAUAAACGUCUAAGUUGAUGUCAUUCAAAUAGUGUUGUGUGUGUGUGAAUAAUAAAGUUACUGUCAAAUAUGUAACAUAAGAUGUGAAAAUAAUGUUCUGAAAUGGAUUCCUUAAUUUCACAGUAAAGACUGGUUGUGCAGUUUUAUAUCACUGGCUUGAUAUCUGUUUUAUGGUGCAUACUUUAUUGAUCCCAUAUGUACAGCGGCAUAAAGAAGAGGAAUUCAUUGUCCUCGGAUAUUGUUUAUAUGGCUGUUUUAAUAUUUUGCAUUCUGCACCCCCAUCCAAGUGGUCACAUUUGUGUCAUGGCAAUGUAUAACUGUAAAUUACAAUAAAUUGGAAGAAUCUUUAAUA